GCCAUUAAGCUGAGUGCCAACCGCCUUUAAACAGGAGGAAGUAGAGAAGAAGAAGUAGAGAAGAAGAGGAGGAAAAAUGAACGUAAUGGCGGGAGCGAUGGAGAAGCUUUUCGCUGAAGUUGUUAAAGUGUGUGUCAGGUGCAGAGACUGCGAGGAAAGAAAAGCAGAGCUCCGCAUCUCCGUUGAGCUUCAGAAAGGGCAAAGUCCAGUACACAAACGAGAUCUUGUCGUGAAGUUGACGGAUGACGUGGAUCCAUGUUUUCUCUACAGCCUCAACAUAUCAGAGGAAGAUUUUCAAAGUUUAAAACUGCAGCACAGAAUUCGGUUGGAAUUCACAUCCUUUCCCGACAUGCUCAUUGAGUAUUUUAAUGAAUGUCGGUCCGAGCAGAAGUCCAGCCAUCCCAGGUUCCAGCUGCUUCUUUCUUGUGACUCUGCCUCGCUGGAAGGCCCCGCCAGCUUCAGUGUGGUGGAGAGAUGUUCCUACCAAGACAUAGACCACCUGAUCCUGAGGCUCAAGCCAGGCUCAGACAAAGAAGUCAAUGAGUACCUGGCUGCCUCUCUGGCAUCUCUCAAGUUGGAAAAACAAGGCCUGGAGAUGAAACUCCAAAGAACUGAAGAGGAUCUGUCCAGGCAGCUGAAAUAUGCCCAGCAGAGUCUGUCAGACAAGACCAAAGAGAUGGACGAGCUGCGUUCGGAAUGGAAUCUUCAGACCAUCUUGCUGUCCAGCCGUCACUCGGAGCAGCUGCAGUUCGAGAAGGAGAAGGUGGCGGAGAUACAGAACCGACUUGACAAGCAGGAGCAGGAGCUGACCCACAAGCUGGAGAGCGAUCACCAGAGGAGCAGCCAGCAGUUUCAAACACGCCUGGCAGAACUGGAGAAAUCCUGCCAGGACCUGAUGCAGAAGAGGUACAAAAACGAGUCGGCCAUCAACGACCUCAAAAGCAAGCUGGCGGGUGCCAAGGCGGAUUGUCUGCACCUUAAGCAGCAGGUGGCGCCCCUGGAGAAGGAGAUCCACUCUCUCGGCACAAGCCUCCACGAGAAGGAGCGUCUGGCCAACCAGCUCCAGAAGAGGGUGGCCGUGCUGGAGCAAGACAUUAAGACCAAGGAGCAGCUGGUGCUCCAUACCAAUGAGGUGCUGGAAGCCAUCAAGCAGCAGAAGGAGUAUGUAGAAGAAAAAGCAGAAAGUAAAGAACAUCAAGUCCAGAAACUUGAGGAGGAGAUGUCAUAUUUGACAUACGACGUGAAAAAGGGCUACCAGAUCAUCAAGAAGUUAAUGGAUGAAGUGCGAACUCUGGUGAUUAAACUCCAGGCCAAGGACUUUGCGCUGAAGAAUCAGCUGAAGAUCGUCCAGGAGACCGAGGCCAAACUUGAGCACACUGAAAAAGACCUCCAAGAGACUGAACAGCAGCUCUCCAGCAAGGACCAGCAGGUUGAAAAGCUUGAAAAGCAGCUGCAGGACACCAUCCUAAAGCUGAAUGAAAGCAAAGACUUGCUGCAAACCAACGAGCACCUCAUCAAUUGGCUCAACAAGCAGCUAAAUGAGAAGCAGAUUGCAGAGAUGCCACAACUUCCAGAACCUUUAGAGUGUGCGUCUGCGCUGUCUGCUGGACCACGGACGCAAUUUUAUCGGCAAACUGCCAAAGCAGCGUCCUCCUGCCUCGGUCCAGUUCCUAAGCACACACAAUCUGCAGGUCUGGACCCCAAAUAUUUCAGGCGAUCGGACAGCAUUCCAGUCUACGGCCUUCCAGCCAGUCUGCUUCCCAGAGAGUCCCCACCUGAACGAAACACAGCACCUGUGCCAUCAUCAUAUUUCCCUUCCUAAACUUGAUUUAUUUAUUUAUUUUAAUUCAACUGUCAUUGUUCCUUAAUAAACAACAAAUUACUUAUUUUUUUCUGUCAUAGUCAUCAAGAAUCACAGAGAGGGUUAUUUUUUUAUUUUAAUGAUUGUUUAUAACGAUCGUGGCAGUCAUGUGACCAUCAACUGGUGAGACUUUUAACUUAAUUUUGUUUCUUACAUCCAAUCGUGCACUAGCCUGGCUGCUAGUCUGUUAAUGACACUUGUUCUUUUUAAAGGGGAACUGCACUUUUUUGGAAUGUUGACCAUCAUUCACAAUGCUUAAUAAAGAGGUGAUGGCGUACAAUACAGGCCAAAAGCUU